UGGGGCUUGUGAUUUAUCUCCCUGCAACCGACAGAUUUCACCUGACAAUUGACAGGCCCCAAGUCUUGUCUUGUCUUGUCUUGUCUUUGUUUCGUUUUGGCACACAGUGACUCUCUCUCCCCUGCGGCUUGACUACGACCAUGACCACCCUCGUUCCUCGUACUCCGUACACGGAAGAUGAGUUGAAGCAAUUAUAUCCCUCCGAGCUCAAGCUCCAGUUCGUCCAGAUCCUGUUGCGGCAUGGAGAGCGUUCGCCAGUUUCUGCGCGGUUCGCCAAUGCCGGUCUGCCUGCCUUCUGGCCCUACUGCAGUGCAGUCCGCCAGAUGCGCAGCGCCGUCCUCGAUGGCUCCUACACCUCACCGCAAUUCACCACAUUAGAGUGGAAGCGUCGACUGGAGGCCUUCGGUCCGAACGACGAGCCCGUGGUCGCCUCGGGCCCUCGAGGAGAGCUGGACGCUAUCUGCGACAUGGGCAUGCUCACAGACAAGGGGAGAGAAACCACGUUCAACCUGGGCGUUCGCCUGCGCAAGCUGUACGUCGACCAAUUGGCCUUUCUGCCUUCCACCAUCAACGACGCCGACAACUUAUACCUCCGUGCCACCCCGAUACCCAGAGCUUUGGAGUCUCUGCAGGAGACCUUCCUCGGCUUGUAUCCCGCAGGAACGCGCGCACCCAACUUCCCACCGCCAACCAUUCUCACGAGGUCCAUCUCCGAUGAGACCCUCUUCCCCAACGAUAAUACCUGCCGACGCUUUGCCGCCUUGUCGAGGGCCUUCGCGCAGAGAGCUGCCGAUCGAUGGAACGAUACCGACGACAUGAAAUACCUCACGAAAACGCUGGGCAAGUGGAUGCCCGACGAACACCCACGCGUUGCCGUAGAUGGCAAGCCCAGGUUGAGCGGCAUUAUGGACACAGUCAACAGCACCCUGGCACAUGGACCCGAGACGCGCUUACCGAAAGAGUUCUAUGACAGGAAGGCCCGGGACAUCAUCGAGAAGAUCGGCGUCGAAGAAUGGUUUGCCGGAUACAAGGAAAGUCAGGAGUACCGCACGCUGGGCAUCGGUGGGCUCAUGGGCGAUGUCGUCUCGAGGAUGGUUGGCUCGGCUGAGCGCAGCACUGCAGAUGGCGAGUACGAGGUGGCCCAUAAUCUAGGCCAAGGCGCGCUGAAGGCAGGUAGCGGUGCCGCCCCUAUUCGAUUCGGCCUCAGCGGUUGCCACGACACAACUUUGGCUGCUGUACUGGCAAGUAUGGGCGCUUUCGAGACGGAUAAGUGGCCACCGUACACCAGUCACAUCGCCAUCGAAAUGUUCCGCAGAGCCGACCUGGCCCAGCCUCCGACCACGAAGCCCACCACGCCGCCAGUGGGGGGACCAUCUGCGCAGAAGCCGCCUGGCUGGUUCAGCAGAUUCUUUGGGGGCUCAACCUCAUCAUCAGUCAAGGCUGGUCUCCCGCCCCCAGGCAUCGGCAGGAAGAAGAUAGAGGAGCUGAGCGCCGACGAUAAAACCAAGAUGGACGGCUACUACGUGCGCCUUCGGUACAACGACGAUAUCAUGAAGGUGCCCGGCUGCAAGCCAGCAGGUAAGCAUCUAGACGGCGACGAAAGCUUUUGCACGUUGGAGGCAUUCAAGGCUAUUGUCGACAAGUUCACACCGCAAGACUGGAGGGGCCAGUGUAGAGCCAACCUUGGUGCGCCAGGACUACCUGCGAAACCCGAACCGGCUGGUUACUAGUUGAAGUCGCGUAAUAUUGUUGCCUGGUUGCAUUAAUGGUUUUGUAGACCUUGUAUGACAUGGUAUAUCGACACUCCCUAUAUAGACAGAGAGGAUAUAGCAGAUAUCUGUUCAUGGAAUAUAGUUCUCCAUAGCAUAAAUCUAGAUCAUUUUGUAGGA